CCUUUUUUGCUAUUUUGUCUCUCAACGUUCAAAAGAAAAGGGCCCUGAUAUUGAGGAUCUCUCUUCUCUGCUAAUCGGCCAAUCCAAAGAUUUUCUAAAAAUGGGAGAACGUUGAUGCUGCGAUUGUGAAGUGUUUCUAUCAAUCUUCCAGCUCGUAAUUUUAUGGUCAAAUCUAGUUGUAUUGAAGAGAGAUGGGAAUCGAUAUGGAAGAUAUCAAAUUAUGCGUUUGUAGAAUUGUUCAUUUGUCCGUUAGGGUUAGUCAUAGAUUUGUACAGCAGCAUCCUUACAUGUCUGGUACAUUGUUGUUUCUCUUCGUUUUGUACAUUUUUCUGCCUUCUGUUCUUAGUAUUCUGUUUUACAGUUUGCCAUUUCUUGGCUUAACUGGAGUUAUCCUUGCCUUUCGGACUUCUAAAAGGUCCACAAUUCGAGGUGAGAAAGUAGAAGAUAAAAAACCAGAGGUCCCUAAAAAGUCGACGGCCACAAUUAAUAGAAAUCGUAGCGCAUACUUACGCAAUGCAACUAGUCGGCGACAACGAUUCAAAGAAAAGAGUGAAACGAGCAGAACAGAUACUCCAACUAAAUCUCCGGUAGUCAGGACGGAUCUGUCGGUUGAAUUCGAUUACUUAAAAUCAUUAAUUGAGGUGAAAGAAACACAAUCUCUUGAUUCUGGAAAUAAUGCAUCCGCUCUUAGUACAUCAGUUUAUAAGGGUAUUGAAGUUUCCAGUACAUCAGUUGAUAAGAGUAUUGAAGUUUCCAGCACAAAGGAACCAAUUUCGGGCUUGGAGUUACCAUUAAAGUCUGAUCUGGUACUUUGUGAUCGCUCAAGCUCUCAGACUAAUAAAUCUGAUAGCAGUGGCGAUGAGCAGAAAAACAAAAGCUCAGAAGAUCCAGAGGAUGAGGAUGAAGAAGAAGCGCAAGAGGAUAGGAAUAAAGCUGUGGAGUGGACAGAAGAUGAUCAGAAGAAUCUGAUGGAUCUUGGGCUUUCAGAGAUUGAAAGGAACAGAAGAUUGGAGAGCCUUAUUGCUAAGAGAAGAGCCAGAAAGUUGUACAAACGGAAAAAUGAAGAAAUUGUUCUAACAGUCGACAUUCUUCCUCCUUGUCAUAUUCCCAAAAUUGUCACUACAAGGAAUGAUCCUCUUGACUCGACGGAUGGUGGUAGAGAGAUAGAAGGCAUACCAUUGCCUGGUUCUGCUCCUUCCGUUUUGUUGCCAAUGAGAAAUCCAUUUGAUCUUCCAUAUGAUCCACAUGAAGAGAAACCAAAUCUUAUGGCCGAUAGCUUUCAACAGGAGUUUACAUUCUGCAGGCACGAGAGCUUUUGUCUUGGACCCGCUUACUCAGAAGAAAGUGGGGGACUGGGAUACCACCACAGAUAUAGAAGACCUUCAAUUUCGAUUGCAGAUAAAGGUGAACAUGACUGGCUAAUCGAACAGCUAUUAUUUAAAAGCGACCCUCAAACUGAAAAGAAGAAACCUAUUGCUGUAGAAGCCAGAGGCAUUCAAACUGAAGAUUUACCACAGGCCAGGGAUGUUAAUGAAUUGGAGCUCGAAAGCGGUCAGGAGAAGGAGAUUCCGCCAGAUUCCCAGAGUGAAUUUGAAAUAGAGCUGGAGCUGGAGCUGACGCAAGACGUUAGUAGCCAAUCAAGCCAUUCAUCUUCAUCCGAUAAUCCCGGAGAGGUGAUCUGUGAUGACGUGAGAGUAGUUUCAAAAAACUUCGAGUCAAAAUUGAGCAACGCACUGCACAAAUCAUUGAGCUGUAGAGUACCAAAGAAAAAAUUAAUAAAGGAGCCUCUCUGUGAUUUUAGCCCCACGACAUUUAAUAAGAACAAAAUGGAGGAGCGUUUACCCUAUCCAGAUAAAGUUCCAUGUCAGACUCCAACUUACUCCAUUGCUUCUGACCUGCAAGUGGAGGUUUCUGAAAUUGGCUCCCCUCCGACUGUUGAUGGGAACAAUACUGAUGGAGAAUCAUUGAACCCUGACUGGGAGGUUGAAAAGGAGGCAAGUUUUGGAGGUAAACAAGAUAACACGAGUCCGUUGUUAGAGUUGCGGUCUAACAAGAUUGUAUUGGAUUCACAGGAGGAAGAAGUAAAGGCAAUGAAUGUCACUGAAGCAUUGCCCCCUAAAACUAUUCUAAGUCCCAUGGCCGAGGAGCUGGUGGAUCAACCUUCUCAAGUUGUCUCCCAAAUGCCCGAGGAGUUAUUUAUUCCCACAGAUGAUGAAAAGGCCACAAAUCACAUUAUUGAUCAAAAAGAUCCAGAAGCUCUAGCGAACAUGGAAAACACAGUGAAAACCAGAGAAAAUGUUGAUGGUGGGUUGGAGAUAUUGAUGAAACAAGAGGAUGAUGGAAAGAUAACAAGUUCAUUGGAAGAGACUGAUCUAAAAUUGGACGAAUACUUUCAUGGUGGUCCUGAAGAUUCUUCUGGACGUCGAUCCGACUUGGAUCAUGAACAAUCUGAAGAAGGAAAUAAAAAUGUGGAUCAAAUUACUGGCAAUGGAGAUCUUGGCAGGGCUCAUGAACAUUCAGAAGAAGGAAGUAAAAACGUGGAUCAAAUUACUGGCAAUGGAGAUCUUAGCAGGGACCAUGAACGUUCAGAAGAAGGAAGUAAAAACAUGGAUCAAAUUACUGGCAAUGGAGAUCUUAGCAGGGACCAUGAACGUUCAGAAGAAGGAAGUAAAAACAUGGAUCAAAGUACUGGCAAUGGAGAUCUUGGCAGAACUCAUGAACAUUCAGAAGAAGGUAGUAAACACAUGGAUCAAAUUACCAGCACUAGAGAUCUUGGCAAGGCUCAUGAACAUUUAGAAGAAGAUAGUAAAAUCACAGAUCAAAUUACAGACAAUGUAGAUCUUGUAGAGCCAGGAAAUAUUGAAGAACAAUUGGAGUUGAUACAAGACAAUAAGAACCAAUCAAAUGUCGUGGGAACUGAAUUCCAGAGUUCCAAAGAUGCCCUGAAAUUUCCAGUGGUGGACGAGCCAGCCACAAAUGGAGGGGUGCCUCUUGUUGCCAAUGAAAUAAUAUGUUCUGAUACUUCAGAUAAUCAAGUAAAUUCUGUACAAAGUGAAUCCCAUAGGAAUAAUGGAGAUUUUGUAGAGCCAAAAAAAAUUGAAGAACCAUUGGAGUUGAAACAGGACAUCAAGAAUCAACCAGAUGUUGUGAAAAUUGAAUUCCAGAGUUCUAACGAUGCCUCGAAAUCAACCGUAGAGAACAACUUGGUCUACAAUGGAGGAGUACCUCCUGAUUCCAUUGACAUAAUACGUUCUGAUGCCUUACAGAAUCAAGUAAACGUUGUGCAGAGUGAACUUCAGAAGUCUAAUGAUGCCAUGAAAUCAACUGUGGAGCAAGACUCGGUAAUUGAAAGAGAGCUUCUGGAUACCAGAGCAGGAUUAUCUUCAAAGUCUUCAAUAGAAGAACAAGUCCAUAUGAAUAAAGUCUCCUUAUCCCAGGAUUCCAUCACUUCCCCUGAUAAUAAUAAACCUGCUGAUUCCAUUGAAGUCGAAAGUGAGCUCAUCAAUGGCUUUUCAGAACAAAAUGGUGGAAAAUCCAUAUUGGAGGCCAAGGAUGACCGUGAAAAAACGGAUCAGAAUUUAAGCUCACUAAGCUCAGCGCCCAAUGAUGAUUUGAAAAUCUCAGAAAUUACUAUACAAGAAGAGGUAGCAGUUAACCCUCUAACAGAAAUCACCGCCAAAGAAGUUCAAGUUGAAACUGAACAAACACCCACUGCUUCGACCAACCAUAACAUGGAAGCUGCUGGAGACGAUAAACUCGAAUGUGAAUCUCAUAGAUUCAACAAACCAGAAACUGAUGCCGUAAAGGAGAAGGACUCGGAAUUUGGCAACGACAUGGAAAGCUACUCCAAAGAUUUGAAUGGAGUGGGCCAGCAAAGCCCCACAGGUUUGGCCCAUGAAAACCCAUUAGAAUCUUCAUUAUCUGCAGGUCAAGGAUCCCAGUAAUGGUGGGCAUGCAGAGUGGGGGGCGCUUGUUACUUCGUAGUCAUUUAGCAAAGCUCAUAAGGGAAGUAAGUAUUCAUUCAUUUAUUCUUUUGUUCAGUUGUUUUAUAACUGUGAAGCUACUGGUUAGUUGUGUAUAAGUAUAACCAAAACCAAAUGUAAUUAUAGUCCUAAGGUUUUGUUGA